AUGGCCUCGGAUAGCGACAGCCAUUCAGCCGGAAAACAAAGAAAAUCUUUCUGGAUUCUGGUGGGCCGGUGGAGACGACACAGAUACGUCAAGGUUGCGAUUCCGCUGCUGUAUCUAGUUGCAUUCAUUUUGGUCUUGAGCAAGUUCCAGUAUAAGGGGGACACCCAUGCACUUGAAAGCUCGCGCUCGUUUUCGCUACCCUCCCUUGGAGCAAUUCUCAACAGAAAACAUGUCAAGCCAGAUGCCAAAAACAAGUUAAUGGAGGAAAACAGGCAGUCUCAAAACCAGCUUCUCGAAUUCCCCUACACGGCCGACGUGACCGUGUUACCCAACGCUCCCUACAAACACGCCAGAGAAACGUCAGAUAUGCGUGCGACACACGCAAUUUAUUUCGAGGCGAUCAACCGGCAUCUCGUCGAACUACAGCAGAAUCCCAAGGCGCAGAUCCCAGAAUUCGACUUCCAUUGGAAAGACUGGAUUGACAUGCACGAUCUCAUUCCUUUGCUGGAGCAGAAACCCAACUGCUUUGUUGCCGGAGUUUUAGGGUCCAACGUUAGAACUCCGUGGCCAGGAUGCAUAGAUGCGAAAAACAAGGACAGCAGCGAGCUGAACUUCUACUUUGAUUCACCCGCGUCGGACUACGAGUCCGCUUACCGCCUCAAUUUAAGGGGUAAGACCUACCUGGUUGAGGUGGCACCGCUGCCGAGAAAACUUAUUUUCCUUGCAGGAGAUCUUGCAUUUGUAGUCCAGGUGGCCGAAAAAAAGGAUGUGGUGAGGUCCGGACUGCUGGAAAGCUACAUCAAGUCGCAGAUGGCGCGGUACAACCAUACGUACCAACAGGUGAUCAGCUCGCCGAUUUCCGUUUUUGACUCAUUAGGAGAAAUUCGACAGACUCUGGGCAGAGACUUUGUGGAUGCCACCGCGCCGGGGUCGAACAAAACUGAGGUCUCAAUCGACGAGUUCGAGUUUCCAGCCAAUAAGAAGAAGACCAAGCUCGCCGGGGCCGCAUUCCACUACCAGGUGCUGCAUUAUCAUGAUAUUUUAUUGAGGAAAAAGGACGGAGGCGAGAGCAGAGAAAAAUACGAUUGGCGUUUUUUCAGUAAUCUCAUCGAGGACGAGGCCGAGAAACGGAGCACCUGGCACCAGCUUAUUCGUGGAUGGCUGCAAUUUUCGUCCAAUAUGGACAUCACCACCUGGCUGUCGCAGGAAGCUCUGCUGGGGUGGCACAGAAACGGACUGCUGAGUCCGUGGGAGGAAAGCGUCCACUUCGAGGUUCCUGCCAGGGACAUGAUCAGGCUCGCUGAGUCGUUCAACGGGUCGCUGGUGAUCCAGGACCCAAGAGACGGCACGGGAGUUUUUUACCUUGAUGUCAAUCCGUACUACAUGGAGCGGGCCCGAAAUAAUAACGGAGACGCGUCGCCGGAGUCGAUCGACCUCAAGUUCAUCGACAUCCGCACCGGACUGUAUUUGGAGGUUACCGGGCUGAUGAUCAGCAGCUACGGGCUGCCAAUCCCGGAGAACGCUAUGGAGAUGUUCAUCAACGAGGGGGACGUGCUUGAAGACCUCAAGGACGACAGAACAGUGGACGCGUCGAAACGCAAAAUCAUAAAUAGCGGAACCGGCUUCUUCUAUCACAUCGACCAAAUAAGCCCGCUCCGACGCACGUUGUUCGAAGGAAGACUCGCAAACGUGCCCAACCGCUUCAUUUCGAUUUUGGACAUGCUGUACAAGGACAUUAUCAAGACAAAAGAGUUCUAUGGCCACAAAUAUGUGGAUCAUCUCCGACUGUGGGUCCACAGCGACCAGUGCAAUUAUGUGCCGACCGAGGACAUUGACCUGUUCAAGAAAGGGGGAAGCAAUUUCAUUGGAGCGUGCCAUGAUUACAGCAUCUGGGGCGAGUAUAAUAGGACUAAGACUGCCACGCUGUUCACGCUACUGGAGGCUGAAAACGACUAUAACAUGGUGCUGAGCUCGAUCGACGAGCUACCGUUGUUAUACGACGACUACUGGAUCAGGAAGCGUGAAAAGUUCCUCAACCAGGCGUACGACAUCCCGCUUCGAUUGUAA